UUUUUCCUACUGUGGGUCAGUCUGCUUGCCAUUUCCCCGAAGAACACAUUAUCCAUUGCACGCAUCAGAAUGCUGGCAAUUGGCAUUUUAUGUUUUAUAUUCCUGACCAAUGGCCUGACCUAUGCCCAACAAAGCCCUCCAUUGUGUACGCAGUCGUCUAGCAUGACUGUAAAUAGCACUCAGUUUAAUGGAACUUGGUGGGAAGUGGCCCGUAAUCCUGCGCCCACUGGAAACUGGGAUUGCGUCGAAGUCAAUUUCAUAAUGGAACCUCAAAACACGGCCAGGAUAGCGACGACUUACUCCAAUACCCCGAGCUAUCUGUGGGUCAAUCAGACCAUGUACACGGACAUAGCGCUGGGCAAUGUUGUGAACGGCGGUGGUUACAACAUUUCCUACAUCAACGGACUGUCGAACACCUCGUACACAGUAUACAAGCUGCUGGACACCGACUAUGAAAACUACGCUUUUGUCUGCGGCUACACGAACGCCUCUGAUCCCAACACAUUCUUCGGCAUUAUCCUCACACGUGAUCGGUACCCCAACACAACUGCCCUCAACUCAUACGAGGCAAUGGCUUCUCAGAAUUAUGCAAAUUUCACGAACGGCACCAUGUCGCUGAUCACCCAGUCACCCACAUGUUAUGCCGCCGGUGCCUACGGUCUUCGUGACUACGCAAUUUUGGCCACCUUGCUUGCGGCACUGCAUGCCCUGGUCCACAUUGCCAUGUAGGACAACCAGUUACCGUCCACGGGCCCUAAGUAAAUAUAAAUCUAUUUGUUUCGUUUUAAGUGUAUACAAGUACAUGUAUGUGUGAGUUCUGUUCCAAUGUGUUGUUAUAAGAAAUUAAAGUUUGAAAAACAAUGAUA